AUGCCCACACUCACACAUUCUAUUUGCUCUCACUGUCACGCAUUCCGUGUCCUCUCUCUCAGUCACGCAUUCAUUUUCCUUUCUCUCUCUCUCUCUCUCUCAAGCAUUACAUUUCGUUUCGCUCUCUCAGGCAUUAAUUUUCCUUUCCCUCUCUCACAAGCAUCCCUUUUCUUCUCUCUUUCUCUCACGCAUUCCUUCCCGCCUUUCUCUCUUUCACAAGCAUUGCUUCCCCCUCUCUCUGUCACGUAUUUAUUUUCCCUCUCUCUCUCUCGCGUUCAUUUCGCCUCUCUCUCUUUCACAUAUUCAUUUCCCUACUUUUUCUUUCUCAUGCGCAUUUAUUUUCACUCUCACUCACAUGCGAAUUCUUUUACACACGUAUCCUUUUUUUCCCGCCUUCUCUCUCAGAAACGCAUUCAUUUUUCCUCUCUCUCUCUCUCUCUCUCUCUAAUACACACAUCACUUUCCACUUAUUCCUCUCCUCGCACGCAUUCCACCUCUGUCUCUCUCGCGCAUUCCUUCCACCUCUUUGUCACGCGUUCCUUCCUUUCUUUAUCCCUUAUGCUCUCAUUCUUUUUCUAUCUCACAGUUGAAGCCACCCCAACCACCGCAGCAACUGCUACUGUCAUCGACCGAUACCAUCAUUGCCUUUCUUCUUCUUCGUUGUCUCUUUUUCUUUCCGUCUUCUUCGCUUUUUCUUUCUUUCUUUUCUUCUUCUCUUUCUCCUUUUCUUCUUCUCUUCUUCCUCCUCCUUCUCUUUCAUCUUUUUCUUUUCUUGACUUCUUCUUCUUUGUUGUUGUUCUUUCUCCUUCUGUUUCUUCUUUCUUUUCUUUCUCCUUCUCUUCUUAUUCACCUUUUCUUGUUCUCUUUCUCCUUUUCCUCUCUACUUCUUCUCUUCCUCCUCCUUCUCAUUCAUCUUUUUUUCUCUUCUUGCCUUCUUCUUCUUCUUCUUCGUUGUUGUUCUUUCUUCUUUCUUCUCUUUCUCCUUCCCUCUUCUUUCCUAUGUGA